CCCAAGGACGGUCGAGUUUCAAAGCAGGCGGCGGCACGGCUGAGAACAGACGAUAAACACGCGGCGUGCAUGAGACGCUUACCUCGGGAGGCCGGAGAGCAAUCGAGAUGCAAGCUUGCCGAAGGCUUCUAUUUUCGGGCCUAACUCACGGCCGUGGUCUACUCAGAAAUGCUGCUGCACGCACUGGAGGAACCGGCGUUCGCGCAAUUACGUCGGAUUUGGCCGAGAUGGACGACGAGGAGAACGUUCCCAAGCCCGUCAUUCGUGACGUGCGCAAGGUGAACGACACCACCCUGUGCGUCACAUUCUCCGAUGACACCAAGUGCCAGUUCAACAGCGUCUGGCUGCGUGACAGCUGUACGUGUUCGGCGUGCGUACACCCCGCAACGCGGCAGAAGCUGGUCAACAGCGUCAAGAUCAACCCCAACAUCCAGCCGCUGUCGUGGUCGGUCGAGGACGGAGAGAAGCUGGAGAUCUGCUGGCCCCAGCAGCCAUCGUCGCCGCCUCACUCCAGCACCUACUCCUGCGACUGGCUUUACCAGUUCGGCAAGUUGUUCGAAAACAAAGAUGGCGAGCCGACCGAGGUGUCCGACAUGUUCUACACCAACACCAAGUCGUCGACGAUCUUAUGGAACCGUGAUGAAUUCGAUGAAAAUCCUCCAGAGUUGGACUACAAGACGUUCAUGGAAGAACGCUCGGGUCUCAAGCAGAUGGUCAAGAACCUCGUCAAGUACGGCAUCUCCGUGCUCCACGACGUUCCUCCUCACGAAGACGAGCUGGAGAAAGUUGCCUCCCGUAUGGGCUACAUUCGUGAAACCGGCAUGGGACGGGUGUUUGACGCCACUUGUCAGCCGGACGCGCAUAGGGGAUCACGUUUCCAUCAGCACACAGAGCUUCCCGACAGGGAGAGCGCUCCGGGCGUCAAGCUGCUGCUGUGCCUUUCGUCGGACGUUCCCAAGCAGACGCUCAGUGGGACGCCUAGCAAAGGGAAGACCUUCUUCGUCGACGGCUUCUACAUCGCCCAGUGGAUGAAGUACAACCACCCAGAGUACUUCAGGUUGCUGGUGUCCACGCCGGUCACCUUUUCAUACUACGACUCGAGGAGAGGUGUGUGGCUUCGAGAUACGUUUCCCAUUAUCAGGACAAAUAAUUUUGGGAAGAUAAAGAAGAUUCACUACAGCACAUUCUCUAUGAGGCCGCCGCUGCUGUCCUCUGGCGAAGCCACGAAGUUCUACGAGGCAUACAGCACGUUCACCAAGCGCAUGGAGGAGGAAUCGUCACAGUACGCUUUCCACUUGGCGGCGGGAGACCUGGUGGCCUUUAACAACAGGCGUAUCCUCCACGGCAUGAAGGAGCAGGGUCCGGACCACAAGGACGUGAUUCUGAGGGGUUGCUACAUGGACAUGGACGAAAUUGCUUCCUUGUACGAGAAAAUGAGGAGGGACGACGACCCUUGAGUUUAACAUAAGAUCGCUGCUGGGAACUGCGCUUCAAGGCUACCCGUUCAAGGAGCGCACGAUAACACUUCUCAGCUUUUGUACAUAGCACUCUCCAAUAUGCAAGCACGCAAACGUGACGCGAGUCAUUCGUUAAUAAACUUAUGGCGUAC